GUUUGAGUAAGAGAUAAGGAAGAGAGGUGCCCGAGCCGCGUCGAGUCCGCCGCCGCCGCAGCGCCUCUGCUCCGCCAACUCCGCCGGCUUAAACUGGACUCCCAGCUCCGCGAGGGCGCGGCGCAGCCGGGCAGCGGCUCUCUCAGCCUUGGCAACCCCAGGGGCCACUAUUUCCCACUUAGCCACAGCUCCAGCAUCCUCUCUGAGGGCUGUUCACCAACUGUACAACCACCAUUUCACUGUGGACAUUACUCCCUCUUACAGAUAUGGGAGACAUGGGCGAUCCACCAAAAAAAAAACGUCUGAUUUCCCUAUGUGUUGGUUGCGGCAAUCAAAUUCACGAUCAGUAUAUUCUGAGGGUUUCUCCGGAUUUGGAAUGGCAUGCAGCAUGUUUGAAAUGUGCAGAGUGUAAUCAGUAUUUGGACGAGAGCUGUACCUGCUUUGUUAGAGAUGGGAAAACCUACUGUAAAAGGGAUUAUAUCAGGUUGUACGGGAUCAAAUGCGCCAAGUGCAGCAUCGGCUUCAGCAAGAACGACUUCGUGAUGCGCGCCCGCUCCAAGGUGUACCACAUCGAGUGUUUCCGCUGCGUGGCUUGCAGCCGUCAGCUCAUCCCUGGGGAUGAGUUCGCGCUUCGGGAGGACGGGCUCUUCUGCCGUGCAGACCACGACGUGGUGGAGAGGGCCAGCCUGGGCGCCGGUGAUCCGCUCAGCCCUCUGCACCCGGCGCGGCCGCUGCAAAUGGCAGCCGAGCCCAUCUCUGCCCGGCAGCCGGCCCUGCGGCCCCAUGUCCACAAGCAGCCCGAGAAGACCACCCGCGUUCGGACUGUGCUGAACGAGAAGCAGCUGCACACCUUGCGGACCUGCUAUGCCGCCAACCCCCGGCCAGACGCGCUCAUGAAGGAGCAACUGGUGGAGAUGACAGGCCUCAGUCCCCGCGUGAUCCGGGUAUGGUUUCAAAACAAGCGGUGCAAGGACAAGAAGCGGAGCAUCAUGAUGAAGCAGCUCCAGCAGCAGCAGCCCAAUGACAAAACUAAUAUCCAGGGGAUGACAGGAACUCCCAUGGUGGCUGCCAGUCCAGAGAGACACGAUGGUGGCUUACAGGCAAACCCAGUGGAGGUGCAAAGUUACCAGCCGCCUUGGAAAGUACUGAGUGACUUCGCCUUGCAGAGUGACAUAGAUCAGCCUGCUUUUCAGCAACUGGUGAAUUUUUCAGAAGGAGGACCGGGCUCUAAUUCCACUGGCAGUGAAGUGGCGUCGAUGUCCUCUCAGCUCCCAGAUACACCUAACAGCAUGGUAGCCAGUCCUAUUGAGGCAUGAGGAACAUUCAUUCAGAUGUAUUUUUUUUCCCUGGAGAAAGUGGGAAAAUAUAAUGUUGAACUCCGAAACAAAAGUAUUUAACGACCCAGUCAAUGAAAACUGAAUCGAGAAAUGAAUGCUCCAUGAAAUGCACGAAGUCUGUUUUAAUGACAAGGUGAUAUGGUAGCAACACUGUGAAGACAAUCAUGGGAUUUUACUAGAAUUAAACAACAAACAAAACCCAAACCCAACAUACGCUAUCCAAUGACCUUAGGAGUACUGAAAAAAAAAAAAAAAGACGUUUUUAAAACGUAGAGGAUUUAUAUUCAAGGAUCUCAAAAAAAGCAUUUUCAUUUCACUGCACAGCUAGAGAAAAGCAGAAAUAGAGAUUUUCUAGUCCAUCCUAUUCUGAAUGGUGCUGUUUCUAUAUUGGUCAUUGCCUUGCCAAACAGGAGCUCCGGCAAGUGAGCAGGAAGAGAAAACUGGCCUCCUUGGCUGAAAGUCCUUUCAGGAAGGUGGAGCUGCGUUGGUUUGCGAUGUUUUUCGUUGACUUUAACAAGGGGUUAAUUGAAAUCCUGGGUCUCUUAGCAUGUCCUGUAGCUGGUUUCUUUUUUACUUUUGCCCCUCCAACCUUCUUCUUCUUCUUCUUCUACUUCUUCUUCUUCUUCUUUGCUUUUUUUUUUUUUUUUGAGAUCCAUCCUCUAUCAAGAAGUCAGAAGCGACUUUAAAGGUUUUUGAAUUCAAAUUUAAAAACCAACUUAUAAAGCAUUGCAACAAGGUUACCUCUAUUUUGCCACAAGCGUCUCGGGAUUGUGUUUGACUUGUGUCUGUCCAAGAACUUUUCCCCCAAAGAUGUGUAUAGUUAUUGGUUAAAAUGACUGUUUUCUCUCUCUCUGGAAAUAAAGAGGAAAAAAAAAAGGAAACUUUUUUUUUGUUUGCUCUUGCAUUGCAAAAAUUAUAAAGUAAUUUAUUAUUUAUUGUCGAAAGACUUGCCACUUUUCAUGUCAUUUGACAUUUUUUGUUUGCUGAAGUAAAAAAAAAAGAUAAAGGUUAUACCGUGGUCUUUGAAUUAUAUGUCUAAUUCUAUGUGUUUUGUCUUUUUUCUUAAAUAUUAUGUGAAAUCAAAGCGCCAUAUGUAGAAUUAUAUCUUCAGGACUAUUUCACUAAUAAACGUUUGGCAUAGAUAAAUAAAUAAAUGCAAUGAUCCAGGGUCCCUCUUUUAUAUGUUUACAAGUAAGCCAUUAAAAUGUCUGCAAUUAAGGACUGCAUGUGAACGGGGUAGACUGACAUACAAUAGGUGUGAUGUUUUAUUGCAAAUAGUUAAGGUCGAACUUGCCACUUUGCAUUUUAAUAGUUGAAUCAAAACUGGUUGGAAGCCUUUAGUUCUCAGCUGUGAUAAUGUUACUAACUGCUUUUUUGAAAAUGAGAUGCUGUCCUCCGUUCUACCCCCCACCUCUCCUCCCCUUUCUUGCCCGACCCACUCCAUCCCACUCCACCCCACCCCACCCCAAAUAGGAAGAAGGUCCUGCUUGAAAUGCGUUUUGAUUCUGAGUCUCUAUUUUAUUUUCUUGGAGUAAGUGCUUUAUACCAAAGUCUCCUGCUUAGGAUUGUUGAAAUGACCCAUAUUUCAAGUAUAAGCUCUUGCUAAAAGAGAGCCUUUCUGCCUGGUCAGUGAGGUAUGACCAUUAUUUACCGGUGGCGGCUGUCAGCCGAUUGAGAAAUGCUGCUUUCUUUGCGCAGGAAGAGCAGGCCGAGAGAGUUUUCUCAGCAAUUCCCAGAGCAGUCAGCUUACGUCUUUUCUGGUCUCUCUUCCCCACCCCCAACUUGUUUCCUCCUCCCCUCCCCUUUCCCCUUUCCCCUUUCUCCCCCAACUCCCAACUCCCCAACCCUCCGAAGGCUGUCUAGCCUCUGCCGAGAACCGCGGCCGAGGCUCCGUCGGGGAACCGCCUUCUGCGGGCUGGGGCCGCGGCGCGUGCUGUGCAGGCCCUCGCGGCGCUCGGAGCCACGGGCACGAGCGCUCCCACGCUCCCCGCCUCCCCGGCCCCGGGCAUUUAGCGGGGGUUCCCGUGUGGGAGCCAGAACCCAGGGAUAGAUAAAGGGCCCUGCCCGAAAUCAGGCUUCUUGGUGCUUCUUCGAUUGCGGGUGUCGAGCUGGGAUUUGGGGCUCCACCCUGUCCCCCUUCCGUCCUCCACCCCAGGAUGAUACUUGGACUCUUUAGAAAAUGGAUGCGUUUGUAUGCGCGAGUGUCAUGGCGUUUUAAAUAUCUGACAAUUCUUAAUAAAUACGAGAGCUAACAUA